AGGAGGCAGCAGAGCCGCCAUCAGUGCAUCGGAUACAGGAGAAGAAGACGCUGGUGGACUUCCUGUCAGUGUGUGCGCGUGUGGAUCGUUUGAAGCGGGAGAUUUUUCUGAUUCUGAUAAAAAACCAAAGAGAAGAAGAUGGCAAGAAACGCUGAGAAGGCCAUGACGGCUCUGGCCCGGUUCAGACAGGCUCAGCUGGAGGAGGGCAAAGUCAAGGAGAGGAGACCUUUUCUGGCGUCAGAGUGCAGUGAACUUCCCAAAGCUGAGAAAUGGAGACGACAGAUCAUCAGUGAAAUCUCGAAGAAAGUGGCUCAAAUUCAGAACGCUGGUCUAGGGGAGUUCAAGAUUCGGGAUCUGAACGAUGAGAUCAAUAAGCUGUUGAGAGAGAAAGGUCACUGGGAGGUUCGGAUCAAAGAGCUGGGAGGACCCGACUAUGCGCGUGUCGGUCCCAGGAUGUUGGAUCAUGAGGGGAAGGAGGUUCCAGGAAACAGAGGAUAUAAAUACUUUGGAGCCGCCAGAGACCUGCCGGGAGUCCGAGAACUGUUCGAGAAGGAGCCUGCUCCAGCACUGAGGAAGACGAGGGCGGAGCUAAUGAAGGAAGUCGACGCAGAGUAUUAUGGGUACAGAGACGAAGACGACGGAGUCCUGCUUCCUCUGGAGUCACAGUACGAGAAACAAGCUGUUUUGGAGGCGGUGCAGAAGUGGAGAACAGAGAAAGAAUCUUGUUUGUCUGGAGACAAACAUCUGGAAGAGGAAGAGGAGGAGAACAUCUACAGCGUCCAUAACGAGGAGCCCGAUGAUGACGAGAGCCGGGAGGAGCAGGAGGGAGAGGAGGGAGGAGUCUCCUUCAUCGCACACGUACCUGUUCCCUCACAGAGAGAGGUGGAGGAGGCUCUGGUCAGGAGGAAGAAGAUGGAGUUGUUACAGCGCUACGCCAGCGAGACGCUUCAGGCUCAGAGUCAAGAGGCCAGAACUCUGCUGGGACUCUGACCUGUCUGUCUGUCACCUGUCUGUGUUACAUUUGAUGUAAAUAUCUUGUUUCAUAUUAAAGUUUUUUCAGACCA